GAGAAUCAAUAAAAAAUGAAGAAGUAAAGCAAUCGUCCAGUAAGAAGAUAUCAAGAAAAGUAUCCAGUAGAAGGAAAAUUAAAAAACAGUCCAGCUCGGAAUUGGAGUCGACAGCGUCAUCAAGUACGUCAUCCUCCCGUAAAAGUCCGACACCUUCAUCUUGUGACAGCAAUGAAGAUGAAUGACUGUUAUGGAAUACUUCCACCGAUAAAGAUUAAAAGUAAGACCGAUAAGAUAAAAAAGAAGGGAAAGAAAAAAGAAAAAGAAAAGAAAAAGAAGGAAAAGGAAGAAAAGAUAAAGAAAAAAGGAAAGGGAAAGAAAAAGCAGCAGGAUACCUCUUCGUCCUCAGAAUCAGAAUAAAGACAGAAACAGCAAAAGGUGCAUAAACAGUAAAAAGAAGAGGUAAAAAAUAAAAGCAUUCAUGAACAGUAAAAGAUGCGUGAGGAAACAGUAAACCCGUGAAGAAAUAGUUCAAAAAUUUUCUUAAAAAGAGAGCCUCUCCCCUUGCGAAGGCAUACACUUGUAAUCUCUGUCUCUCUUUUCUCUAUCUUCACACUUCUGAAGAAAACUACUUUCUCUUUGGCACAAGCAUAUAGAUCCUUGGGGAUCAAUGAAGAAUCUGUUAAAGCAAUGCCAUUUGAGCAGCUUGCUCUCCUUAUCAAGUCAACAGCAACCAUUAAUACCGCAAAAGCUUUAGUUGACCGUCUGGAGAGUCGCCUCAGACUUUUGUGGGCCGUUAGAGGUUGUCAACCUAGUCUAGCCAACAUUGAUCACCUCCUUAGGAUUGCUGUUGCCCACAAUUAUACAGGCAAUUCUAGCAAUAAUACCCAGAGAGGAGCCAAAACAACCAAGUCUGUUAAAGAGGAAGCUCAGAUGCCAGUAACAUUAUCAAGAUAUCCAGUCAGAGUUGUGCUAUGUGCAUAUAUGAUAAUGGGACACCCAGAUGCAGUUCUUAAUGGACAAGGUGAGUGUGAGGUUACUCUGGUUGAAUCUGCAGUUAGAUUCAUUAGAGAGUUUGAGUUGCUGCUCAAGAUUAUAAUAGAUGGCCCUAUUAAAACUUCACAAGAGGAAAUAGCCUCUGAAAUUCCAAGUCAGAAGACCUUCAGAUUUCAACUGGAAGCUUGUGAUAAAGCAUGGUGCUUUUACCUACAUCACUUUGUGUCGUGGAUGUUAAAGGAUGCUAAAUUGUUGGAGGAGGAUUUGGUGAGAGCUGCAUGCCAACUUGAAUUCUCUAUGAUGCAAAGCAAGCUGACCUUAGGAAAUGAUGGAACUCUUGCUAAUGAUAUGGAGGCUAUCAAAAAGCAGGUUUUGGAUGAGCAGAAACUUCUAAGGGAAAAAGUGCAGCAUCUUAGUGGUAAUACUGGACUUAAACGUAUGGAAUGUGCUCUUACUGAAAUACGGUCUAAAUUUAUUGGAGAUGAGGAAUCUGAGAGUCCAUUGAAGUCAUCUUCUGGUCAAAUUUCAUCCUCACGUCCACCUCAUUCAUUGGAGGGUUCUCCAGUAAUCAAUUCUUCUGCCAAAAGGAUUAUUGAUGACCAUCAAAGCGUUGAUACACUGUUGGUCAGUGAGAAUGAAUUACUUGUAAAUGAAAUUGUCCAUGAAUAUCAUCGUGGAUUAGCUGAUACUUUUAAUGCUGCCGACAAAGAUCAAAACUAUGUUCAGGAAAAAGUGAGAGAAACAAUGGAAAGGGCUUUUUGGGAUUGUGUUAUGGAAUCUGUCAAACAGGACGAGCCUGAUUUUAGUUGGAUUCUAAAACUCAUUAAGGAAGUUAGGGAUGAGCUAUGUGAGAUGUCUCCUCAGUCUUGGAGACAGGAGAUUGUUGAAAAUAUAGAUGUUGAUAUUCUCUCUCAGGUGCUGAGAUCAGGAACUUUAGAUAUGGAUUAUCUAGGGAAGAUCUUAGAGUUUGCAUUAGUAACUUUCGAGAAACUUUCUGCCCCAGCAAAUGAUGAAGAAUUGAAGAGCUCUCACUGUAAAUUGCUUGAAGAACUAAGAGAGAUUUUUAAAGUUGGAGAUAAAUCAAAUGCCUCAAUUUCAUUCGUCGUGAUUAAGGGUCUGCGUUAUGUCCUACAGGAGAUUCAGGCUCUUAAGAGAGAGAUCAGUAAAGCUCGUAUUAGACUUAUAGAACCCCUCAUCAAGGGCCAUGCUGGUCUGGAAUAUCUUAAAAAUGCUUUUGCCAAUCGAUAUGGACCACCAACUGAUGCUUUAUCCUCGCUAACAAUUGCAAGGCAGUGGCUUUCCUCUGUGCAUCCAAUUGCAGAGCAAGAGUGGGAUGAACACAUAGAUUCCCUAACUGCUCUGGAAAGUAACAUAGAGUCUUCCCAAGUGCUACUUCCAACAACGCUUCGUACUGGAGGAUCAAUUUCAAUGGUGUCAAAUAUUGGAUCUUCAGCUACAGGUUCUAACCAACCAGAAUGCAAGGGAGAAAGGGUGGAUAAAUUGGUUAGGCUUGAGUUGUUAAAGCUUGUAAGUGGGAUAGGAGGACUGACACCAGAAGCUCUACCUGAAACUCUCGAACUUAAUAUAUCAAGGCUGAGAGCUGUCCAGUCACAAUUUCAGAAAAUCAUUGUUAUUUCUACAAGGCUGCUUGUUGAUCCUCCAUCAAAUUCUUCUGUCUUAGAAGUUAGUGUCCAAUGCUCUGGACAUGGAAAACAUAGCAUCUGAGUGCAUGAAGCAACUCAAUGAACUAUUAGACAGAGUUGAAGAUGUUGGCAUAGCAGAGAUUGUUGUUAAAGUUAGUGGGUUGUUAAAAGGCAAAGGCCUCGUGUUUGAUGCUGAAAAGCUCCAAGCAAAGGAAAAGCUUAUGGAAAACAUGUUGGGAAAGAGCUUGCAAGCUGGGGAUCCCAUAUUUGCGCGAGUGUCUCGCAGUAUUUAUCUAGCUUUGAGAGGGGUUGUUUUGGGAGGAACCGGUCAUAAAGGAAGGGAAUUGGCAGCCGCAGCUCUUCAGCGAGUAGGAGUAGCGCUUCUUGCAGAUAUGGUAGUGGAGGCUGCUGAAGUUUUCAUUGUGGUGUCAACUGUUUCGUGCAUGGUUCACAGGAGUUGGUACGAAAAGCUUCUUAACAAUGUGUAAUCUGUUUAGGAACUGUUGUAAGAAUAUUGUGUAUAAUAGUGUUCGAUUACAAUUUUGUGUGAAAUGUACUGUUGCAGACUAUGUGCAGUUGAUCCAACACUAUCUUAGAACUUGAUCCAGCCAUACACGAGAAUCACAGUUGUAGAUUGUGUUUAUUUAUUUCUUUCUCAGUGACUCUAAAACAUUUACCAUCAACAGUGCAAAUUUAUACUGGAAUUAAUAUAUGAUGGGCACUGCUUAUGAUUC